UUCAAGCUGUUAACGGUAUCUCGCCAGGCCUUGGAAAUACUCUCGCAUUACCCGACCACCUCAAGGAUAAUAAAAUGGCCACUAAACAGUCGUCUGGGAUGAGGAAGGUUUUAAUUGUUUCACUUGUUGCCAUAGUGAUUGGGUUUGUUGUGGGAAUUCUUAUUGGAAGAUUCGCAACGUGCCCUUCUGUUGAUUCGAGAAAUGGUGUGUUUCUGCCGGGAAUAUCCGAUCGUCUUAUAACGGACGGCGACCCUGCGAUCUCAGACGUGUUGAUUAACGAAGUUAAAAACACCAACAUAGAACAAUAUCUUAGAGAACUGUCCUCGAGACCUCAUUUAGCAGGAACACCAGUCGACCUUCAACAGGCGGAAGACCUCAAGCAGUUCUGGCUGGAUGCUGGUUUUGAUGACGUCAAACUCGCUUCCUAUGACGUGUUGCUUUCGGCGCCUGACCCGAACCAUCCUAACUUCAUUCGUCUGCUGGACGGACACGACAACGUGGUGUACGAGUCUCCGGCGAAAGAAGCCAACUUAACGGGCGAAGACCAACCAGACGUCGUGCCUCCUUUCAACGCUUACUCUGCUCCUGGGAAAAUCACAAACAAUGAUCUUGUGUACGUCAACUAUGGUCGUGUUGAAGACUAUAACUUCCUGGAAAACAACGCAUCACUGACAGUCAAUGGAAAGAUUGUUCUUGUGCGGUAUGGAAAAAUCUUCAGAGGAAGCAAAGUGCAGAUAGCAGAGAGGCAUGGCGCUCUGGGAAUCAUUAUGUUCUCGGACCCUGCUGAUUACACGUGGCCAGCCGAGGACACCCGAGUUUAUCCUCAAACAUGGUGGCUGCCUCCAUCCGGGGCUCAACGUGGAACUACUUUUGUUGGAAGUGGUGAUCCUCUUACUCCAAAUUACCCAGCUUUAGACACUGCAUAUAGAUACAGCAAAGACACAGUUGUACCUUCGCUUCCAAAAAUACCCGCUCAUCCUAUUGGAUAUGGUAUAGCAGAAAAGCUGUUACGAGAGAUGGCUGGUCAAGAAGUACCUCCAGAAUGGAGAGGUGGAAUUAACAUCACUUACAGAUUUGGAUCAAAAUUUAAAAAUCCAGCAUGGAAGAUACAGAUGGAUAUAUCUACGAACGAUGUGAUGAGGAAAGCAGUCAAUGUCAUAGGAAUAAUCAGGGGAGCAGUAGAACCAGACAGAUACAUUAUGUUCGGUAAUCACCGUGAUGCCUGGGUGUACGGCGCCAUUGACCCGUCUAGUGGUACGGCUGUCAUGAAGGAAGUCUCUAGAGUGUUGGCUGUGAAAGUUAAAUCUGGUAAGUGGCGCCCACGUCGAUCUAUCAUGUUCUGCAGCUGGGGUGCUGAGGAAUAUGGUCUAGUGGGAUCUACUGAAUGGGUUCAGCAUUACAUCAAGAAUCUGAGGGAACGGGCUGUGGCGUAUUUGAACAUAGAUAUUGCAGUACAAGGAAACUAUACUUUGCGAGCUACCGGGACGCCUCUUCUUAUCAGGGCAAUGUUUGACGCCACGAAAAAGGUACCAAACCCGAAUGAAUCAGAGAAAGCUGCUGGCAGACCGUCUGUGUAUGACACCUGGUUUAAGAACAUUCCUUGGAAAGACAAAAACAAGAAACCGCUUGGAAUACCAAAAGUUGGUUCUUUGGGAUCCGGAAGUGAUUAUGCACCCUUGUUACAGAAGAGUGGGGUCACUGGUAUCGACUUCCGGUACACAUAUAAUACUGACAAAUACAAGAUUUCCUCAUAUCCACUUUAUCACUCUGUGUAUGAGACAUUUUAUGCCGUGAAAAAUCUCAUGGACAAACAAUUUAAGUACCAUCAAGCCGUGGCUCGUGUUGGUGUGGAACUAACGCGCAAUCUUGCUGACUCACUUAUCAUCCCAUUUAACGUGUCGGACUACGCCUGGCAGCUAGAGGAGUACAGACAGACAUUGGAUGCCGAUUACGGAUCAGUUCUGAGAGCAAAGAUUUCAACCUAUGAUAAGCUUCAAGAGGUUAUUGCCAACUUUUCAAAAGAAGUCGAAGCCUUCAACACAAGAGUCGCCAACCUGAAUAGGAACGACCCGAUGGCUAUUCGUAUGGUGAACGAUCAGCUAACUCUACUGGAGAAAGCUUUCCUCGACCCUCAGGGAUUGCCAGACAGACCGACAAAGAAACACAUCAUAUUCGCCGAGAAUAGCAAUGACGCGUACGCUGGAAGUAGCUUCCCGGGUCUGGUGGAUAUUCUGUUUGAAAUAGACAAGCACACGAACAUGUCCGCCAGGUGGGAGCAGGCCAAACUUCAUUUCUCCGUCAUUCUCUACAUCAUCGAUGCAGCGGCUGCCACACUGCGUGACGUCACGGGAUUUGUUCAAGAAUGAACCCGACAUACACUAUAAGUUGUAGAAGCAUCACGAGGGGUUUAUGGAUUUGUAUACCCUCUGUAUGCUCUUGUACCCCGAGCCGAAGGCCAGCUGUAGGCCUACAAGAACAUACAGAGGGUAUACAACCCCAUAAACCCCCUAGUGAUGCUUCUACAACGAAUUUAUCUUGCCGAUAUGUUUAGUUACAAGAUUUUCUUCAAACACAUCUAGGUGCAUUAAUAAUGUUAAAAAACCCAUAAAUAAAUUCAAUAGCAAUGUCAUGUACCCAGUUUAGUGUUAUUUUAAGGAGAUGUAAAGUGACGUCAUUGGAAUACUGACGUCAUUCGUAUAAGGCUUUUUUUUUCCAAGGCUAAAUAGCCAAUGAAAUUCGAGUAUUUUACAUGAAGGCGAGAUAAAUGUCUUUAUAUAUAUAUGAAGGGUCCACAGGAAUAACCUAUGAUGUCCAAACAGGUAGUCGGUGACACACUAAAUUGAAAACCGAUAAUUAUGGUAGGCCAUUAAAAGUUGCUGGUAAAUUAUUUCUUAGAUAUUGAUAUUCCACGAUUGCAGAGUUAACAAAUAUCACAUAGUCAAAAUUAUGCCAUCGCAGGUUAUUUCCAUGGACCCCUCAUAUGUUUAAGCAGUUCCAAUGAAACUGCAAUAUGCAUAAUCUUAGUAAAAGUAAUCAGAACAAGACAGAACAUUUGAUGUAUUUGAUUUAUCAAUAUCGGCAAUGGAUUUGGUUACAAAAUAAAUAAAUGUGAUAUUUUAGGUUUUCUCGUUGACCACUGAUUCAUCAUCUUUUUCAUUUCAAGUAUACUUGGUUAGGUAUUUUGCGGAAUGCCUUUUUAUAACUUUCACACCUAAUAAAGUGAAGCGUUCAUCCUAGUUUCAUUUUGUUUGAUGAAAAACUUGAAACUUUGCUUCUUCCAAUCGAUAUGGUUUCAGAUUUAGAUAGGUUUAUUUUCAAGCCACAAACACAGAAAGACAGAAUAUGAUACAAGAUUUAAUUCUGUAUAUAUCGCACGCUUAUUAGAGCGGAAAACGGUCCCUGUCAGCAGGCGCGGAUUUAGUGGGGGGCCCAAGGGGCCCGGGCCCCCCCUAUUUUUGGGGUCAAGUUUUUUUUUUUUUUUUAA